AUGGCUGAUCGUUUACAUACAGCUCGGUCAGAAGCGAUUGAGAGUCUCGCUCUGAUAUACGAGCGUGCAUUACUCUACGAAGAUGCGCUACUACAAUACAUAGAACUAGAGGUACUCUUCCAGGAGAAUAAAUCACAAUUUGAAAAGGUUUCAGCUGCUAAUGCUGCAUCGGCGACGACGACGACGACGGCGACUUCGCCAACUUUGCCAGCUGGCGGAACUGCCACUACCACCGCCGCGGCAACGACAACAACUCCACACAAUAUGAUUAAUAAUGAUGGUGUCAAUUUGUUUGAUUCAACUACGAGAAGACACUAUCGUGAGUUAAUCUAUCAGAAAAAGAUAAGUCUAUUUGAUUUCAAACAUUAUCUCUUUGUUUGUCAGUCAAAGCUACUCUUUCUUUUGAACAGACCAAUUGAAGUAGCCAACAAAGCGACAUCAUUCAUUACCUCUGUCGGACACAUCAUUGCCAAGAAUGAAAAGUCAUUCUCUGUCUAUUUCCGUGAAGCAUGGACCAUUGCUGUCUCCCUUGAAAUUGUAAAAGCAUGUCAAAAUGCAUUUGAAAAACUUACUGCCAAUCCACAGCAACAAGCAGCAUCAUCAUCGCUAACAUCAUCACAACAACAACAACAACAACAACCAAAUAAUAAUAAUAAUAGCAAUAGUAAUAAUAAUAAGAUUACUAAACAAAUUACACCACCACUUGCAAGAUUCUUAAAUGCUUGGAAUGGUGUUGGAAGUUUGGUUACCGGUGGAAGUCUUGGUAAUACUCCGGUGACUGGAAACUCUCCGGUUUCGGGCAAUGUCACUUCUACUCUGACAGGAUCGGCUAGUUCAAAUUCGCUGGCAGUUGGUUCAUCAACACCACAGACACCAAGUGGAACGGGUGGUGGUCGUCUCACCUCCUCACAAUCUCUAACCAGUGUACAGUCAAUGCAGCUACAAUCAACCAAUUGGAUGAGAACCAAUAGUCUAUCAUUGGCAAGUGGUGAUCUAGAUGGUAAAUUCGAUCGUCAAGAUCGUGAAUCUCUCGACUUCCUACUUGCAGACCUAUUGUUUGGUGCUGGUCAAAUGUUAGAAACAUUAGCAAUUAAAUUAGAUCUAAUUGCAAAAGAUGAUUUAGAUUAUACUAUUAAUAAUAAUAAUAAUAACAAUAAUAAUAUAAAUAAUAAUAAUAAUAAUGACAAUAAUAAUAGUAAUAAUUUAACAUCACCAACAAUUACAAUAACAACUACAACAGAAACAACAACAACAACAACACCACAGAUUAUUAUACCAUUCUAUAAAUAUGCAGAAUUAAUAUUUUCAAAUGAAUAUAAACAACAAGAACAACAAUUACAAUCACCAAUAAUAGCAGUAUCACCAACAACAACAACAACCAUAGCAACAGUAUCACCUGGUACUUCACCAACUAAAUCAUCUGUACUUAGUAAUAGCAAUGAGAAGAAGAAUAAUAGCAUUCCAACAACAACACUAUUUACAUAUCCACCAUUACAAGUUGCAUUUCAAUCAACUAAACAAUUUAAACAACUUUAUAUUAAUGUAAUGUCACAAGCAGAUUCACUUUAUAUACAAACAAACAGAACAAGAUCACAUCAUAGAGUGACCUAUGCUGUUGGUAAGAUGUAUUUUAAACUUGGAGAUUUCUCAGAUGCAGCUGGAUUCUUUAAGAGUAUAGUUAAUCUUUAUUCAAGAGAGUCAUGGAAUUUGAUAGAAUAUUCAAUUAAAACAAAACUUUCAUUCUGUCAAAAGAGAUUGAACGAUCUAACAGAGUAUAUUACAACAUGCAUUAGUCUACUAUCACCUGGUAUCUUAAAGACAGAAGAAGAGAAAUCUUAUUACCUCAAUGAGAUAUUAAAUAUAUCAAAGAACAAUCAAUUAAAUAUUGCUGUACCAAUGCAUCCUUUGUUUAAAGUGAAAAUAAUGACUGGUGCAUUGGAAUGUAGAUUCUUGGAUACUAUUACUAUAGAUGUAAAGGCUGAAUUCAACCAGUGA